GGUGUAAUUGCUCUGAGAGGCCUAUGGGGCCCCUGGGGGACCAUGCUUUCCCCACCUUCCCAUCCUUGUGGGGAGGAGCUGGGGGAGUUUUCCUAGCUUUCCCUGCUGUAUGGAAGGUGUGGCCAUGGUUGGAGACUCUAAGCUUACACUCCGUCUCUCCUGCAGGUUUCCAUCCCUGGGACAUGACCAUGCAGCUAAGCCCAGCCCUGGUGCUAGGGGUGGCCUUGUGUCUGGGGUGUGGCCAGCCCCUGCUGCAGGCCCCUGAACGCCCCUUCUCGGUGCUGUGGAACAUACCCUCAGCACACGUUGCCCGCUUUGGUGUGCACCUUCCACUAGAGGCCCUGGGCAUCACAGCCAACCGUGGCCAGCGUUUCCAUGGCCAGAACGUCACCAUCUUCUACAAGAACCAGCUCGGCCUCUAUCCCUACCUUGGGCCCAGGGGCACAGCUCACAAUGGGGGCAUCCCCCAGGCUGUGCCCCUUGACCGCCACCUGGCACAGGCUGCCUACCAGAUCCACCACAGCCUGGGACCUGGCUUCAUUGGCCUGGCAGUGCUGGACUGGGAGGAAUGGAGUCCCCUUUGGGCUGGGAACUGGGGCCACCGCCAAGCCUAUCCUGCAGCCUUAUGGGCUUGGGCACAGCGGCUGUUCCCCCACCUAGACCCCCAGGAGCAGCUCCACAAGGCCCAAACUGGCUUUGAACAGGCAGCCCGUGCACUGAUGGAGGACACGCUGCAGCUGGGCCAGGCACUGCAGCCCUGUGGGCCCUGGGGCUUCUAUUACUUCCCAGCCUGUGGCAAUGGCUGGCAUGGUAUGCCUUCCAAUUACACGGGCCACUGCCAUGCAGCCACCCUUGCCUGCAACACCCAACUGCAUUGGCUCUGGGCUGCCUCUAGCGCCCUCUUCCCCAGCAUCUACCUCCCACCCAGGCUGCCGCCUACUCACCACCAGGCAUUUGUCUGAUACCGCCUGGAGGAGGCCUUCCGUGUGGCCCUCGCUGGACAUCCACAUCCCCUGCCCGUCCUGGCCUAUGCCCGCCUCACACACUGGAGCUCUGGGAGGUUCCUGUCCCAGGAUGACCUUGUGCAGACCAUGGGUGUGGGCGCAGCACUGGGGGCAGCCGGCGUGGUGCUCUGGGGGGGUCUGAGCUUCUCCAGCUCUGAGGAGGAGUGCUGGCGUCUCUAUGACUACCUGGUGGUCACUCUGGGCCCCUAUGUAAUCAAUGUGACCAGGGCAGCCAUGGCCUGCAGUCACCAGCGGUGCCAUGGCCAGGGGCGCUGUGCCUGGCGAGACCCAGGACAAAUGGAAGCCUUUCUGCAUCUGCAGCCACACGGCAGCCCUGGAGCUUGGGAGUCCUUCAGCUGCCGCUGUUGGGGCUGGGCUGGCCCUACCUGCCAGGAGCCCAGGCCUGAAGAAGCAGCAUAAAGCACCGGACCUUCUUGUCCCUGCUGCCUGUUCCCCAGUCCUGGAGGAAGGAAUCUGUCCCACUCUUGUUCUCAUUAGCUUACAGUCAUUCCUCCAAUACACACACCACACUUCCCAUGGGAUCCCUGGGGAGUGGAAGGGGCCAAAAAAACACACUAUUUUAAAACCAGAAGCCCUCUGAGAUCACCUGAUCCCUCCUGCCAACAAAGCAGUCCCAGGGAGAGUCAGGGUUCCAGAUGGUUAGAGUUGCCAGCCCAGGGCUCUGUUCCUACACAUCACUGGGUCCGUGUAGAGGUACCAGGAGACGCGUCCAGGGGCAGGUGAGCCCCAAGAGGAUCUUGGCUAAGGUCUAUAAGUGCUAAGUUGUUGUCUGUACUCUGCUUUCAUCAUAAAGUCACUUUUUCUUUCACUGC